AUGGCGCCGCCUCCGUCGUCCUUGCUCCGUGAGCUCCUCGCUGCUGACGGCUUCAAGAACCGUCACAAGCCGCCCGACAGCUCCGCCCCGGCGGCCUCGAGAGCCGCGAGCAUGCCACUCCAGCACCGGCGCCCGGGCAAGCCGCCCUCGCGGUCACAGUCCGAUGUGCUCACUCGCAGCCGCCUGAGGCAGAUGAACGUCGACGCGGACGAUGGCAGCAGGGACGCCGGUGCCGAGCGGCGGUGGGCCGCGACCGAGACGCGAGGGUCGUCGGCGUCGCUGACGAGCGCGAGGAGCCACAGCAACAAGGGCGCCGGCGACAGGGGCUCGGGCGCCGGUGCCAGGAGGGGCAACGCGUCUGACUCUUCCGCGGUGCCGGCGCUCGACGAGUCCGCGCUCACCGCGCUCAUCUCCCUGGCCUCGGGGCCCCUGAAGCGGUUCGCCAAGGACGAGGCGUUCCGCGCCUCGCUGCGCGCCGGCUGCGCGUCGUGCCUCGUCGACUCCAACCACCGCGCCGUGCUGGACCUCCGCGUGCACGCGCAGACCGUCGAGCGCGCCGCGACAGAGGGCCUGGACCCGCGCGACCUGAAGCACGCGUCGCUCAAGCUCCACGAGAUGGCGUCGCACCAGGGCAAGGACGCGGACGCGGUGACCGCGGCGGUGGGCGUUCCCUACCCGCGCCUCGCCGCGUGCGCGCACCUCUACAUGUCCGUCGUCUCCAAGCUGCAGGCGCGGACGGUCCUGCUGCCCGCGCUCUGGGACAGGCUCUUCCGGCCGGGCCUCUCUCACCUCAGGACGUGGCGCGACCGCGAGUCGGCGGCGGCGAGCGCGGACGAAAGGGUGAAGGAGGUGGAGAAGGUGUUCGUCGACGUACUGGACGAGGGGACGCGCGCGCUCGCGUUCUACUACAGGGACUGGCUGCUGGGGCGGACAGACGCCAUGGCUCUCCCGGACGUUCCUGCUCCGCUGAGCACGGUCCAUGCCAGCGCGCCGAGGUGCUCAGCGUCGACGUCGUACGACAUCAGCUCGGAGGUCAUGUUCGGCUCCGGGAGUUCGAGUCCGACGAAGUUCGCGUACGACGACACAAUGCUGGCAUCCGAGGAGAUCGAGGAGGAAGAAGCGGUGUACUCCGACGCCGCCGCAGACGCGGUGACCGUGCUCCCGGACCAGGAGAGCGAUGGAGCUGGAGGUGAGGAAAGGAGCUACAUUCCCGCUCUGUUGGCAGAAGAAAACGUGCCCGUGCCUGACAAUUUAGACAGAGAGACGUUCGAACCACUUGUCGAAGAAGAACCCAACAAGGAAUCUGAUGCGUCAGCAAGUUACCCGACGUUUUCUGACAACUCUGCUAUUCACCUUCUUACGCUCGAGUUCUGUGAAGUGCCACUCCAGAGUGACACAGAUGGCAACGACGAGUUAUCCAUUUUCGCCACGGUUCCCAGCGACUUCCUCUGUCCACUGACGCGCCAGAUCUUCAACACGUACAGAGAAGAGGCAUUGCAGCACGUACAGAGAAGAGGCGACCAAGACCAUCACACAUUCUCUGAGAUGCUGCCUGUCAGAUGA